GUAAAAACCAAAUGGAACAAGAAUAAUAAAUAUACAAAUAUACGAGAAUACAAAGAAAAACCCUUUGCUUGGAGAUGUAAUGUGAAACUCCUUUUUCCUUUUCAAUUUCUCUCUUAACCAUAGUUGAGUUAACCCUACCGUAACAAUAAACCAAUCUCACAUCUUCCAUAACCAAAAUUACGCAAAGGAAACAAUUUACUGCCUCAGAGAGAAAAAAAUCAAUUAAAAAGAGCAGAUACAAACAAAUCAAUUAGGGUUUCCUUGACUGGUUGAAAACCCAGCAAAAAAAAGAAAAAGAAUUCCAUAAAAAAGCGCAUAAAUUAGCAGAUUCCGAUGAGUUCGGACUGAAAAACCCACUUCUUCUUUCUCCGAUCUAUCAAUUUGGACCCACAAUUUGCCGCCAAAUUUUCUUGAUUUUAUUUCCUUUCUCACACUAAAUCAAAUAUCCAAUUGAUUAUUUUCACAUCUUCGAAAAUCUUUAAUUUUCGCUGCGGAAAUUAAGAUAGAAGAGUGAGAAAGAAAAAAGGGUAAGUGUAUAGAGAGAGAAAAAAGUGAGUGAGCAAAAGUGGGGUACUAUUGGGUAUAUUUUUUGGGUGUAAUUGACACCUUGAUUUUUAUUUUAGAAGUGGGGGCAAAAAUUUGAAAUGAGGGUUUUGUCAUUUUGUUGAUGAAAUUCAGGGAGUAAUUGUAAAAAUUUGAUUUUCUUAUUGUUUUGUUGGGUGGGUGGUUUUUUAGGGGUUUUAAUAUAUGCAAUCUGGCGGUGGUUCUCAGCAGCACGCCGGCGCCGGUGCACAUGGACGGAGCCCGGCGUCUGCUGCUGCAUCGCCAUCGUCUUCAUCUUCAGCAGUUUCGGUUUCACAGCAGCAGCAGCAGCAGCAGCAGUUUGAUGCAAUUCAGCAGCAGCAGAGACAGGCACUGCAACAUCAACUACUACGAAAACCUGAAGGAAAUGAAAACAUCCUAGCCUUUCAACCUCCAGGCUUCCAAGGUGUCAUGGGAGGGUCUAAUUUCAUGGCAUCUCCGAGCUCGUUGCAAUUGGCACAGCAGCAAAGAAAAUACCUUGAGAUGGUGCAGCAGCAUGGGUCCCCUCAUUUACGUGAAGAAGGUCAAAAUAAAAAUCUUGUUCAUGAGCAACAAGCACUACAUCCUGUCCAUCAAGCAUAUAUGCAAUAUGCUUUACAGAAUGCAAAGCAAAAAUCUGUUCUAGGCAUGCAACCUCAGGGACAAGCCAACUUGGGAAUUGGAAGUCCUUCAUCUGUAAAGGACCAGGAUAUGCGGAUGGCAAAUCUGAAAAUGCAAGAGCUUGCUUCAAUGCAGUCUACCAACCAGGUCCAGGCAGUGGCAUCAAAGAAAUCAUCUGAGUUUGUUCGUGCUGAGAAGCAGAUAGAACAAGGGCAGCAGGGAGCUUCUGAGCAGAGGAGCGAGGCAAAGCCUCCGAUACAAACAAUGGGAAAUUCUGCUUCUUCUAAUAUAAUGAGGCCUGUACAACAUCAACAGGCUCAGCAAGGGAUUCAAAGCAUGGGAAAUAACCAAAUGGCGGUUGCUGCCCAGUUACAAGCAUGGGCGCGUGAGCGCAAUAUUGAUCUAUCACAGCCAGCGAAUGCAAAUUUGAUGACGCAGCUAAUACCACUAAUGCAGUCUAGAAUGAAUGCUCAUCAGAAACCAAAUGAAGGAAAUUCACUGUCGUCCCCUGCUCCUAUGCAGAGGCAGCAGGUUACUUCUCCACCCAUUGCUAGUGAAAGCUCGCCUCGUGGUAAUUCGUCCAGUGAUGUUUCUGGGUCAUCAGGCCCUACUAGAGCUAGGCAAACAGCUCCACCUGGUCCAUUUAGCUCCGCUUCCAAUGCUGGUAUCAGUAACAGUACUAACAAUUUGCCUGCACAGUUUUCUACACAAGGUAGAGAGAACGCAACCCCUUUAAUGCAACCAGUGACAGCGGGAAACGGAAUGGCUUCUGUCCAGGCAUCACGGCCUUCGAUGAACUUGAACCAAGGUUCAGAACAUUCUCUGAAUGUUAAGAAUACAGCGACUGGUCAGGAAGCAUUACAGAUGCAAUAUAUGAGGCAGUUGAACCAGUCCUCACCUCGACCGCCUAAUGCAACCAAUGAUGCAGUCUCUGGAAACCAUCUUCCUCCCCCAGUUCAGCCACCAUCCCAAAGUUCCCAACACCAAUCUGGGUUUACUAAACAACAACUUCAUGUCCUCAAAGCGCAAAUUCUUGCAUUUAGACGUUUGAAGAAAGGGGAAAGCACUCUUCCUCAGGAACUACUUCGAGCUAUCACACCUCCUUCUCUGGAGUCACAGCUCCAACAGUCUGUUGUUCCUGCUGGUUCUACUACAGAGGAGAAAUUUUCUACUAGGAAUGUUGAAGAAGGUCAAAAGCAUGUGGAGUCUAGUGAGAAAACUCCCCAGGCUCCUCCUGCUGUUGCAAAAAAUGUCUUCAAGGAGGAGAUUCCUACAGGUGAUGAAAAAACAACUGACGUUCCUGGUAAUGUGGCAGGUGCAACGUCUGUAACUAGAGAGGCUCCUGCAGUGUUUUCUGGGAAGGAGGAUCAACAGUCUACUCCUGUUGCUGUUAAAGCUGAACAAGACGUUGAGCGCAAUAUACAAAAAAUUCCUAUUAGAAAUGAUGCAAGUAUGGACAGGGGAAAGGCUAUUGCAUCCCCGACAUCUGUUGGUGAAAGUACACAGGCUAAGAAACCUCCGCAAACUGGCUCAGUAUCCCAGCCGAAAGAUGUUGGAUCAAGUAGAAAGUAUCAUGGUCCAUUGUUUGAUUUCCCCUGUUUUACUAGAAAACACGAUUCUCUUGGUUCUGCAGUUAUUUCUAAUAACAGUAUUCCCUUGGCUUACGACAUCAAAGAUGUCCUUUCUGUGGAAGGAAUGGAAGUACUUAAUAAUAAAAGAGCAGAGAACUUGAAGAAAAUCGGUGAAUUGUUAGCAGUAAACUUGGAGAGGAAGCGGAUCAGGCCAGAUCUUGUUUUACGACUGCAAAUUGAAGAAAAAAAGCUUAAACUUCUGGACCUUCAGGCACGUUUAAGAGACCAAGUUGAUCAAGAGCAGCAGGAGAUUAUGGCAAUGAACGACAGAGAAUACAGGAAGUUUGUCCGUAUUUGUGAGCGACAACGUUUAGAGCUCUCAAGGCAAGUUCAAGCAUCGCAGAGGGCUAUGAGAGAAAAGCAGCUUAAGUCUAUAUUUCAGUGGCGUAAGAAGCUUCUCGAGGCACAUUGGGCGAUUCGUGAUGCCCGGACUGCUCGAAACCGAGGUGUUGCAAAAUAUCAUGAGAGGACGCUUAGAGAGUUUUCAAAAAGAAAGGAUGAUGAUAGAAAUAAAAGGAUGGAGGCGCUGAAGAAUAACGAUGUUGAAAGAUAUAGGGAAAUGCUUCUGGAGCAGCAGACAAGCAUUUCAGGUGAUGCUGCAGAGAGAUACGCUGUUCUAUCUACAUUUUUAACCCAAACGGAAGAAUAUCUUCACAAAUUGGGGAGCAAAAUAACUGCUACCAAAAGUCAGCAAGAGGUUCAAGAGGCAGCAGCUGCAGCAGCAGGAGCUGCUCGAGCGCAGGGUCUUUCAGAAGAAGAAGUCAGAGCUGCGGCUGCUUGUGCUGGUGAAGAAGUUAUGAUUAGGAAUCAAUUUUCUGAAAUGAAUGCACCAAAGGAUAAUUCAUCAGUAAAUAAGUAUUACAGUCUUGCGCAUGCUAUAAAUGAAAGGGUUGUGAGACAACCUUCCAUGUUGAGGGCUGGGACUCUGCGAGAUUAUCAGCUAGUUGGUUUACAGUGGAUGCUUUCUCUGUACAACAACAAGUUGAACGGAAUUUUGGCUGACGAAAUGGGUCUCGGAAAAACUGUUCAGGUGAUGUCAUUGAUUGCUUACUUGAUGGAGUUUAAAGGGAAUUAUGGACCCCAUCUAAUCAUAGUUCCUAAUGCUGUUUUGGUGAAUUGGAAGAGUGAGUUGCAUACCUGGCUGCCAUCUGUGUCCUGCAUUUACUAUGUUGGUACUAAGGAUCAAAGAACUAAAUUAUUUACUCAAGAAGUUCUAGCCAUGAAAUUCAAUGUUCUUGUGACAACCUAUGAGUUUAUCAUGUAUGAUCGUUCAAAGCUUUCUAAAGUCGAUUGGAAGUAUAUAAUAAUAGAUGAAGCACAACGAAUGAAAGAUCGAGAAUCAGUUCUAGCACGUGACUUGGAUAGAUAUCGCUGCCAAAGGCGUCUUCUGUUGACGGGGACCCCACUGCAGAAUGAUUUGAAGGAACUAUGGUCUCUAUUAAAUUUACUUCUACCUGAAGUAUUUGACAAUCGCAAAGCUUUCCAUGAUUGGUUCUCACAACCAUUUCAAAAGGAAGGUCCAUCACAUAAUGCUGAAGAUGAUUGGCUUGAGACUGAAAAGAAGGUCAUCAUUAUUCAUAGACUUCAUCAGAUUUUGGAGCCAUUCAUGCUUAGACGUCGCGUUGAAGAUGUAGAAGGCUCCCUUCCACCCAAGGUGUCGUUUGUUUUAAAAUGUAAGAUGUCUGCUAUCCAGAGUGCUAUAUAUGACUGGGUCAAAACUACUGGAACUCUUCGUGUGGAUCCUGAUGAUGAGGAGCUGAGGGUUCAGAAAAAUCCUUAUUACCAGGCUAGAUCCUAUAGAACUUUAAAUAAUAGGUGUAUGGAGCUCCGGAAAGUUUGCAAUCACCCAUUGCUUACUUAUCCGUAUUUUAAUGACUUUUCAAAGGAUUUUCUUGUGAAGUCAUGUGGAAAAUUAUGGAUCUUGGAUAGAAUUCUCAUAAAACUUCAAAGAACUGGGCAUCGGGUGCUGCUCUUUAGUACAAUGACCAAGCUUUUAGACAUCCUGGAGGAAUAUUUACAAUGGAGGCGACUCUUGUAUAGGCGAAUUGAUGGAACUACUAGCCUGGAAGAUCGAGAAUCAGCGAUUGUAGAUUUCAAUGACCCAGAGACCGAGUGCUUCAUUUUUUUGCUUAGUAUCCGUGCUGCUGGACGAGGUCUAAAUCUUCAGACUGCUGAUACAGUCAUCAUAUAUGACCCUGAUCCGAACCCUAAAAAUGAAGAACAGGCAGUUGCCAGAGCUCAUCGUAUUGGACAAACCAGGGAAGUAAAAGUCAUUUAUAUGGAAGCCGUUGUUGAUAAAAUAUCUAGUCAUUUAAAGGAGGACGAGUUCAGAAGUGAAGGAGCAGUUGACCUAGAGGAUGAUCUAGCAGGAAAAGAUCGUUAUGUGGGCUCAAUUGAGAGCCUUAUUAGGAAUAAUAUUCAACAAUAUAAGAUUGACAUGGCUGAUGAAGUAAUCAAUGCCGGGCGUUUUGAUCAAAGAACAACACAUGAGGAGAGACGGAUGACACUAGAGACACUAUUACAUGAUGAAGAGAGAUAUCAAGAAACCGUUCAUGAUGUUCCUUCUCUGCAGGAGGUAAAUCGAUUGAUUGCACGGAGUAAAGAAGAAGUUGAGCUCUUUGAUCAGAUGGACGAAGAAUUUGAUUGGAUUGAGGAGAUGACGAGGUAUGAUCAGGUACCCGAGUGGCUUCGUGCUAGUACAGUGGAAGUUAAUGCUGCCAUAUCUGCUUUGUCUAAGAAGCCAUCAAAGGACAUAAUUAGCAACACUGUUGAAGUGGAUCCUGGUGAUUCUGAGAGGAGAAGGGGCCGACUUAAAGGGAAGAAAGUUCCUGUGUAUACUGAAUUGGACGAUGGAGAAUCCUCUGAUGCUAGUUCUGAGGACAGAAAUGGAUAUUCUGCCCCUGAAGAGGAAGUUGAAGCUGGAGAGUACGAAGAAGAGGACGACGAAGCAGCUAUAGGCAAUAAAGAUCUGAUAGAGGAAGAUGCUGCUCCCAGCAAUGAUGGGUUCGAUUAUCCUCGACCUAGCGGAAACACCAGGACAGGUCAUAUGGUAGAACCUGGAUCUCCUGGAUCGUCAUCCGGCAGUCAAAGGAUGGUGCAAGCUGUUUCGCCCUCUGUUUCUUCUCAAAAGUUCACAACUCUGUCAGCUAUAGAUGCCAGGCCCAGUUCUGGUUCAAAAAAAUUGCUCGAUGACUUAGAGGAAGGGGAAAUUGCCAUGUCUGGAGAUUCACAUGUGGACAUACAGCAAUCAGGGAGUUGGAAUCAUGAACAUGAAGAAGGAGAAGAUGAACAGGUGGUGCAGCCUAAAAUUAAACGCAAACGUAGCAUAAGACUCCGACCUAGGCCUACCAUUGAAAGGUCAGAAGAGAGAUACGGAGAAAAGAUGCCUCUUCAACGUGGAGAUCCAUCACAAUCUCAAUCUCAAUCUUUAGGGGAUCAGAGAUUUGGAAGACCGCUGAAGAUUGAAUCGGAAUCCAAAAGGUCUGUAGAUCCUGUUGCUUUGAAGCAAGAUCAUAUGGAUAUGUCUUCAAAAGCUCGCCGAACCCUUCCUUCUAGGAAAACUGGGAGUACAUCAAAGCUGCAUGCGUCUACUAAACCCGGUCGAUUGAGUAGCUUGUCUAAUCCACCAGAUGAACCGGGUGAGAACUCCAAGGACAGCUGGGAUGGUAACAAAGAUGCAAACACUUCUGGAAACUCAAGUUACGGUGCUAAGAUGUCCGAGUUCAUUCAGAAAAGGUGCAAGAGCAUGAUUGGCAAGGUUCAAAGUAGACUAGACAAGGAAGGACAUGUUGUCGUACCUCUUCUAUCAGAUUUGUGGAAAAAGACUGAAAGUUCUGGCAUAAAUGGACCUGGAAGCAAAUUGUUAGAUUUACGUAAAAUAGAUCAUCGAAUCGACAGACUGCAGUAUAGUGGUGUGAUGGACGUUGUUAACGAUGUGCAUUUGAUGUUGAAAAAUGCAGUGCAGUAUUACGGUUUUUCACAUGUGGUGACAUGUGAAGCGAAGAAAUUUCAUGAAAUGUUUCUGGAUACGUUGAAGGGUCCUUUUCCGGAUGUUGUCCAGGAGGCUAGAAACACCGUAUCCUUCUCGGGUCCACCAUCAAGUGCAGGUUCUGCUUCCUUGAGAUCUCCAUCUUCAUCACAAAUUAAUAGAAAGCAAAGACUAAUGAACGAUGUCGAACGUGAGAUGAGCCCAUCACCAAGGCAGUCAUUACGAGGACCCAAUAUGGUUAGUGAAGACUUGAGGACUACACGUUCCCAUAUGCCUGUGAAAGAAUCAAGACUCGGAAGCAACAGCAACAGCCGAGAAAGAGACGUGGGGCAGCAAGACGACUCUCCCUUGCUGACUCAUCCAGGAGAUCUUGUAGUUUGCAAGAAAAAGAGGAAAGACAGAGAAAAGCCUGUUGUUGGAAAUACGAGGUCCGGGUCCACAGGACCAGUCUCUCCUCCAAGUAUGGGGCGUAGUAUAAGGAGCCCCGGCUCGAUAUCAAACUCAAGGGAGAGUCGAGUGGUAGGCCAACAGCAAGUAUGGGCUAAUCAGUCGGCUCAACAGGCGAAUGGAAGUGGUGGUAGUAGUGGUGUUGGAUGGGCUAACGUUGUGAAGAGAUUGAGGACAGUUUCGGGAAAAAGGCGGCCAAACCUUAUGUGAUUGUAAAACACAUUUGAUGUUGAAAGUAAAAGUGUAAGCAGGUAUAGGGUGAGUAGUAGUAGUAGAUUGGUACAAGUACAGUUGGUAGUAUUAGUCCAUUUUAGUCUUAAUGGCUCUCUUUUUUUACUUUGACGUUGUCUUAUGUUACUUUGUUUUUUCAAGUUAUAAUAUAAUGUGGGCAUCUACGCUAACAUUUGUA